AUGAGCGUACGUGUUGUCGCGAGGAUACGUCCUCUUCUGAAACAAGAGGUCGAUAAGGAUACCAUUGUCACGGCCGAGAAGCUCGAGGGCGAGACCACCCCGGCCGUUGUGCGCAUACCGAGUCCCAAGAACGAGGCCGAGUCUUUCAGCUUCCAAUUCAGCUCCGUCUACGAGCAGGACGCGACGCAGCAGCAGCUGUUUGAUGCUGAAAUCGCCCCAACAGUAAAGCACCUCUUCAGUGGAUUUGAUCUGUCCAUCUUCGCCCAUGGCUGCACAGGUACGGGCAAGACCCAUACGAUGCGCGGAGGCAAGUCGCUGGCCGACAGGGGUGUCAUUCCGCGUCUUCUGAGCGCCAUAUUCCGACGGUGCAAGAAGAUCGAAAAAGACUCGGCCGGAGCCAACGAGGUAGAGGUCGCGCUAGAGUACUUUGAGAUCUACUGUGAUCGCGUGUACGACUUGUUCGAGCCACCAGAGAAGCGAACGCCCUCGGGUCUGCCCAUCAGGGACAAUCGCGGAAAGACCGUUGUCGUGGGCCUGACUGAGAAGCCAUGUACGACACUCAAGGAGUUUGAAGAACUCUACGACCAGGCCAAUCUCAACCGGUCUACAUCCGCCACAAAGCUCAACGCGCAUUCAUCGCGUUCUCACGCGGUUCUGUGUGUCAAGAUUACCCAGACUACUGGAGACAUUGUUCGCGUCAGCCGCGCAUCAUGUAUUGACCUGGCAGGAUCAGAAGACAACCGCAGGACAGAAAACAACAAGGAGCGCCUGAUUGAAAGCUCGGCCAUUAACAAAUCACUCUUCGUGUUGGCGCAAUGUGUCGAGGCUAUGAACAAGAAGGCCAGCAGGAUACCCUACCGCGAGUCCAAGAUGACCAGGAUCCUGUCUUUGGGUCAGAACAAGGGCUUGACCGUCAUGAUUCUGAACCUUGCGCCCACUCGCGCUUACCAUCUCGAUACCAUCAGUUCGCUGAACUUUGCCAGUCGCACAAAGAAGAUCGAAGUCGCAGAGGUGGAAAAUGACCCAAUGUACAAGACCGCAGUUAAGCCUCUGGCGACAACUAGCAACAUUGGCGGACCAGCCAUGGCACGCCAACCGCUCCGAUCACUGGUAGCUGCUACCAACACCACAGUCGCAGACGCCGACAAGCAGAAGAAAGGGGAAAAGCCUACAAAGGCCUUCUCUGUAUAUUCUGAUUCCCGCAAGGCUGCUCCUCGCGUUUCUAACACUACACAGAAUCAGGGUAUCCGACGAGCGGAAGCUCCUAAGCGUGCAGCUGAGCCCAGCAACACUUUUGCGUCCCGACCAACAAAGACCUUCCGCGCAGCGGACAAUGCUUCACGGAUACGACCAAAUGAAUUGACACUAACCAAGGAGACAAUCGAAGCUCUCAUCGCCCAAAAGGUUGACGAGAGGCUUGCGGAGAAGGCUCUGCAAGACGCUACCAAUUCUGCCCCAGCGCUAUCAGCCGAGUUGCAGAAACGGUUGGAUGAGCUUGAGCAACGCCUUGAAGUCAAAGAGGAGGAUGGAAAGUCACAGGGCUUGCAGUUCUUGUUGAUGGCAAAGCAACACCACAUCCGCGGUGAGGAUGCAAGUGCACUGAGAAUGUACCAUCUUGCACAACCUUACUUCCCGGACAACGCCAAGCUAGAAGCCAAGAUGAAGAAGCUGGAAGAGAAGAUUCGCGCAAAGAGGGAAGAGACUCAAAGGCACGCCUCCAUGCCCAUCAGCCUACCCUCCCACCCAUCCCCCGCCCGCGUCUCAAACCUCAUGGGCCCCCUGAAAGCAGUAAAGUCAAUCCCUAAGCCAAAAAUGGUCUACCGCGACGAACCCGAAGAAGACAAGGACGACGAGGAAUUCGCCCCUGCCCCACCCUCCGACCACGACUCCGACUCCGACGCCUCCGACGACAGCUUCCAGUACAAGACCAAAGCCCCAAUCCGCAAACCCAAGCAGACUACCAGGAAACUACCCGUCUUCCGUGACACCGCCGCUGCUGCUUCUGCCCCCGCCUCUGCCUCCGCCUCUGCCUCGACUACUGAUUCCGUUCCCCGCUCCAAGCUCCCCGUCUGCCACACACCCCGGACCUCGCACCUCCUCAAGAUCAUCAACUCUCGCGACGUAAACCAAAUCAAGGGACUCAAGGGCGUCGGCACAAAGAAAGCCGAUAGCAUUGUGAACUGCCUCGUCGAAAUGAAUGAUGCUGAAAUCCUGGAUCUCGAGUCGUUGGCUAUGCUCAAGGGUGUGGGCGGUAAGACGGUGGAUAACAUGAGACUUGGACUUAGGCUCGAUGUCUGA